AUGGAAGAUAGUUACAUAACUAGAUCCUUCUUCGUCUUCAUAAUACCAUAUGCAUCACAUCUGUGCACAUUCUCCGAUUCUGGUCUUCUUGUGGGUUAUGUACAGGAAAAAAUGACCGAGAAAGUAUCCAACAAAAGAAGAAAGCUAGUUAUUGGCUCCACAUCAUUGGAAGACUCACUGGCGGUAGAAGUAGUUGUCAGCAAUGUUGAUCUUCUAACAGAGAUCCUUUUACAUGUGCCGGCAAAGUCACUCCUCAGAUUCAAGUGUGUAUCUAAGCAUUGGCUCUCUCUCAUCUCUGACUCACAAUUUUCCCACAACCACACCCACCGAAAUAACAAUUCCUUGAUCUCAGGCAUAUAUUUCGACUGCAAACUUCGGAUGUUCAAGGAACUUAAUUCUGUCUCGUUUCAUAGCCACUCAAGUCUUCCGACACUCGCCUUCCUCAAUGGUGUUGGAGAAGGAUCUACACCUAAGAUUAUUUUAGAUAACAAGUUUGGUGCUUACUUGGCUUUUGACCCUUCAAAAUCACCUCACUACAAGGUUGUAUUGGUUAAUUACUCUUUUGAUCUUCGUGGAAGGUCUGGAAGUUCUUAUGUAAUUGAUAUCUACUCAUUGGAGAGUGCAUCUUGGAAACACAUUCAUGUCAUUGCACCACCAGGUCACUCCUUGAGACGCAGGGUGUUUUCGAAUGGAGCUAUUCAUUGGAUGACUUCCACUAACCUUUACAUUCGAUUUGACGUUGCUGCUGAGAAUCUGACACGAACUCCAAUGCCUCCAUACCAUAAAAUUCUUUCUGAUGAUAAGAUUCUGUAUUUUGGUGAAUGUCAUGGUUAUUUGUUUCUUAUUCAGAAUCGACAGGUUUUGCCAUUGAGAUUCAGAAUUCUUGAGAUGGACAGGGACUACUGCUGCUGGAAAGUAAAGUACUGUGUUAAUCUGAGACCUAUAGAAUCUCUUUUCCCUAAGAAAUUUCACCAAUUUUCUGUGGUGUGUAUUGUGAAGGGAGCAAAUGAAAAAGAUUUUGCACUGGUUUUUAAUAUUUAUGGCAAUUUCAUUUCUUAUAAUUUGGAUCGCAAGACAUGGAAGGUGCUUCUUGAUUUUCAGCCAGAUGUGUUAGUGGUGGCGGCAGGGUGGAGGUGUUGGGGUGGUAGUGGUGGUGGAGGUAGCGGCAAUGGAAAUGGUGAUGGUGAUGGUAGUGGAGGUGGUGGAAACGUAGUUGGGUUGUAG